AGGCCCACCAGUUUUGGCGUGCAGGUGGCGGCCCAAUGCGCUGCUACUUCUGGCGACUGCGCCGUUGAGCUGCGCGCCCCGAGAGCAUCGCACACCAUGCCGAUCGGGGGCCUGCCUGCGCCCGCCCCCGGAUCCGUGACGCUCUCUGCGGUCUCGUCUGUGUUGGUAUGCACGGCGGGGCUGGCCUUGCUCAGCGGCACAAGGCCCAGCGACAUGGGCGGCAGGGCGUUCACUGUGUACAUGAAAGUCAUCUUCGGCGUAUUCGGCGCCCUGAUCGUCUUCGUGGGACUUGUCCUCAACUCGAUCCCGAUGCUGAUGGGCGUUUCCACAGAUUCGGAGGGCAAGGCGGCGGCGAUCGUGAGGUGCCUGCUGGUGGCCGCCUGCUGGGUCACCGAGCGGUAUCUCCUCGAGGGCGCGCCCGUGCCACUGGGCCGGAGCUGUGCUUGCGCACUUGUCUGGUUCGGCUCCACGCUCGUGGCGUGGGCCGCCCCGCGACCGCACGACAACAUCAGCCAGGGCCUGGGCAGUCAGAUCGCCGGCUGUGACGGCGGGUACCGGUCCCCGUUCUUGAUAUAUUGCGCCAUGUGGAUCACCAGCCUGAUGUUCGGCACACUCCUGAUAGGCACCCUCCUUCUGAAGUGCAAGGAGGACGCAAGUUCAGAGGUCCCCGACGUCGGCGACGUGGAGAGCAGCUUCGCCCUCCGGCGUGGCAGGAUCUCAGCGCUGGCCGCGAGCGGGCUGAUGCGGGGCGCAUUGCCCAUCAUCUAUGCUUUCGCCACCUCCAUGUCAGGCCUUGUUUUCGCCUUCGGCGCCGCCAGGGACGAGAUGGCGUGGGUGCUGCUCGGCGCCGUCCUUCUGGUGCUUGCCGUCCUGUGUGCCUGGAUCUCACUCUGGCGGCUCGACCUGUCGCUAGAGUCCUGGGCGCUCCUGAGUCAGGGCUUCUGCUCUCUGCUUAGCCUUGGCCAAGAGCAUCUGGUGUUCCGAGACUUCAGAUGGGAUCCGGACAGCGAGGAGGGCUUAUUGGUUGUGUGGAAGAGGCCUGGCCUUCAGAUUUACCUUUUCGGCCUCUUAGUGCUCGUGGCGACUCUCUUGCUCUUUGUAGCAAGCGGCGAUCAAGACAGCCGAGCGCACGCGGCUUCGUUCGACCACGCCGACAGGCAUCCCGAGGUCGGCCCGCGCUAUCCGCAGACGCCGCCGCAUAAGAGGUACGUCUGGCAGUGGGUCUUACUGCCUAUCUGUUUUGUGAGUAUGGUCAUCGGCCUGUCGAGGCCGUUGGUAUCAACCCAGGUUGUUUGGCCGCGGACCCAGUGGGUCAAUGGAGACGAGUCCGUCAGCAAGUUCAAGAACGAGACUGGCUCCGGCGAGGUUAGCGGCCUCACCUCCGAGCGCUCGUACAUCGACAUGAUUGGCGAGUUCUACGACAAGCGGCUGCCGUGCUCCGCGCUCGUCGUGGCGACCAACAGCGCGAUCUACCCCCCGCUCCAGUUCGCAGGCCUCCUGACGGCACUCGUGCAGCCCUCGUUCGUGCCCGGUGGCGUGUUGCAGACCAUCCGUGGGGAGCUUGCCAAACGCGCGUUAUUCAGGUUCACGAACCCGAUGUACCUCAUGCUGUUCGUGUCGUUCCUGAACCUACCAGGUGCUGGCGACGUCCUUUUCCAGGCCUUGCAAUUCAAGGCUUCGUUCGAGUGGGGCUUCUGGAGCCUGGUGGUGUAUUGCAUAACUUCCCACAUCCUGGCGCAGUCGUUGGAUCCCAACGCAGACUGCGUGUCAGUAAGUGACGCUCACCAUGGCGUGCCCCAGCACAAGUCCAUUCGAGGAUCCCGUGGAAUCGUGUACCCGAAUGGCGAAGAUGCUAAAGAGUCAAGCCGAGAGCUGGUCAAGACGAUGGAUCACAACAGGCAGUACUUCUUAGAACACAAAAUCAGCUUCGACCUCGACAGUCAGGACUCGUUCUCGGACAGUGGGUCUGGAGAGGACGAGUCUCCGGGUGAGCCUUACCUUUCCGUGGUCGGGGCAGCUGGGCUCGUGUUCUUCGUCGGCAUCGCCAUGUACGUGGGGCUCACGAGGCCCGUGUUGGGCUUCACGUACCGAGUAUCGGGGUUGAAGAUUAGCAACUUGGAGCCGACUCUCUUCGACCUUUGGCACAGCCUAGCAAACUCCAAUCAUCUGCUGUCGUUCUUUGCAGCCUUCAUGUUUGUUCUCGCGAUGAUCGUGUGGGUUGUUCUGCUCGCCAUCGUUGCCGUUCUUGGUCCAAACUCUGGGCCCCUACUGGUCGCCGAGCGUUUCACCCGGCCUUGGGUGAUGGGCCAUGUCUGGUCUCUUGCAAUUGUUGUGGUGUACUACAUCUCCAGGUCGCGGAGCAGAGCCGUUAUAGAGUAUUGCGCGCACUUUCCCGAUCAGUAUAUUGGUGUCGGUGCAAUUCUUGCCAUGGGCGUCGGGGUCAAAUUGCUCCUCACAAAAUCCGAAGGCAUAUUGCGACCUGGCCGUCGUCAUUCUUCCGAUAAUGUGCUGUCCCAUCUGCCAGGUGGCCAGUUCGUUUGGGUUAUAGGUCCAGUUGUAACUGCCACCGCGGUUGUCGUCUGCCUUGACACGUUCAAGCCAGCGGUUCCACCGGAGAUAUCAAGCUUGAGCGACGUGAACACCAUGCUCUCGGUCUACCUGCCGAACGCAAACGACCGAUUGCGAAGGUGGAUGCCAGAGAGCGCUGGGGAUUGCCAAUCGUUGGCCCUGUACCGCGCCGCGCACGGCAUGCCAGAUACUGCGAAUGAGCUAAAAGAUCACGAGAAGCAGUGUGCUGGCAGUUCGCCAUUGGUGCACGUGUCGCAAGACAGCGGAGGCCGUGAUAUAGAUGCGUCAGCUUUGUGGGUGACAGGGCUCAACACUCUAGAGGUAACCGACAUGAGAGUGUUGCCGCCGUCAAAGCUGACUGAUUCGCCACAGCAGUGGAACAUGACUUUCAGCGGCAUCUUCAGAAACGUGCACGUGUUUGUGAAGGUAGACGUUGGCGGCAAAGAGUGGGUGAACGAUUACCUGUGCUGCGACAAUCCAUUUCGAUUUGUCCUUCAAGCGACAACGAAUUGUGUGGAGGAGAGUGGCUUUACUCCUAUGGAGCUCAGCAUCGUCGACAGCGACCCGAUCAAGUUCGGUCACAAAUGGGAGGACACAACGCAGGACGACUGGUCAAGCACCUCGAGCUCGAUUGAGUGGGACUACGGCAGGCAGGGGCUUGUGGAAAAGGAACUUCGAAAGGUCAUUACGGGCAAGACGGGCACCCUGCUGGUCAAGACCACGAGUGGUGCCGUCAUCGAUGCUCUCGAAAGCGUGAGCAAUCUCUUGACUGACGUCGUGAAGCUGAACACAAGGCAGCUUUGCCCGCAUAACCUCUGAGGAGCUGAAUUUGCAGUGUUGCACUUAUCCGAACCGGAGAAUUCGCAGAUGUACCCGUGACAUUUCGUCAUUUCUCGCGUAUCUCUGCUUGCGGUGUGAUGUCACGCAGGCUACGCGUGCAAGCACAUUAGUCGUUCGCUGUGAAGCAGUGCCGUGUUUGCGAGUUGAGCCUUGAUUGUCUCAAAGGCCUUAACACUGGGGCAAUGAAUGCGUAGCUAGGUCUCCGACCAGAAAAUGCCGAUGCUGCUUAGAGCGUUUAAGAUAGCGCCCUGCGAGCUGUGGCGGCGCUCGAGCCUUGGAGCGCGAGCAUCGAGCAGCGCGAAAAGGAAUGCUUGCAAUUGACGAGCUCCCACUUUCCUGCAGCAGCCUGGGACCGCCUGCCGUGAGCUCCCGCGCGCUCCGUGGGUGGCAAGCGCGGCGGCGGCGCGUUCUGCUUCCCACCUGGUUCCCGG